AUGUCCAACAACGACGUCCCAGACUUGAACAACCAAACAUUUGUUGAUGAUGGUGGUCUCUUUACGUGGUGCUUUGAGCAUCCCAAGUCGGACAUUUGCGAUAAUGUCUCCAGCUUCUACCAGUAUCGUCUCGACUUGGCCCCCAAUGCAGCCUUCCUCGCCAUCUUUUCCGCCUCCCUGAUCGGUUUCAUCGUCACUUGGAUCGUCACACGCAAGGGAACUGCCUUCAAUGUUGCUCUUAUCCUUGGUCUCAUCUGUGAGAUUCUCGGAUACAUUGGCCGUAUCAUGAGCUGGCAGAAUCCCUGGAGUGAGAAUGGUUUCCUCGUUCAGAUCUGUUGCUUGACCAUUGGUCCAGCUUUUAUGGCUGCUGGAGUUUAUCUCUGCCUGCGUAGAAUCGUGUCAGCGUUUGGGCCUGAAAACUCGAGACUCCCUCCAGAAUAUUACACUCGAAUUUUCAUCCCCUGCGACGUCAUCUCCCUCGUCCUCCAGGCCCUCGGCGGCGGCAUGGCCUCAGUCUCGUCUCACAACCACGAAGACCCCAAGGUGGGCUCCAACAUCAUGAUCGCCGGCCUCGCCUUCCAGGUCAUCACCAUCUUCGGCUUCAUCCUCUGCUCCCUCGACUUUGCCCUCCGCACCAUCCGCCGCCAGCGCGCCCUCGGCGAAGCAGCCCUCGACCAGCGCCCAGAGGUCCGCAAGGUACGCAACUCGCCCCGCUUCAAGGCCUUCCUCGGCGGUCUCUCUGUCGCUGCCUUGUGCAUCCUCUGGCGGAGUGCCUUUCGAGUUGCCGAGUUGUCUGAGGGGUGGGAAGGCCCCGUCAUGGGAGAUCAGUACAUGUUUGUCGGCUUCGAGGGUGUCUUGAUCGUUGUUGCCGUGGUUGUUCUCAACGUGUUCCACCCGGCGUUCUGCAUGAAGGAGCUUCUAGAGCUAGAUGAUGGUGGUCUCAAGGGUCUAUGGUGUCUACGCAGCCGGAAGAGCAAGACAUCCAAGAGCGACAGCGUGAGCGACAGUGAGAGCAAAGCUCCUACCGCAGAGGGUGUUGCCGUAUAG